UCCGCCCCCUCCCGCCCCCCGGCCAGCCCCACCCCGCCCCACCGCCUACUCCCCGGAGAGGCGCCCUGGGCCUGGCAGAACGCGGCGGCCGCAGGCGGGAGCGAGGGCGCAGAGGCACCGCAGCGCUGGCGACUGCUUUUGCAGGUACGAUGGCUCGUGUCUUCGUCUAUGGCACGCUUAAGAAGGGCCAGCCCAACUACAAGCACAUGAUCAACACAGCCAAGGGGCUAGCGAAAUUCCAAGGACGGGGCCGCACGGUGGAGAAGUACCCACUGGUGAUUGCAGGCAAAUACAACAUUCCUUACAUGCUGAACAUCCCGGGAACAGGACACCACGUCGCUGGGGAGAUUUACUCGGUUGACGACCAGAUGCUGCAGUUCCUGGAUGAGUUCGAAGGCUGCCCAGACAUGUACCAGCGUACCCUGAUGAGAAUCGAGGUGGUGGAGUGGGAAGGGAAGGGUGGUGUGGGCGAGGCGCGGGCAGCUGCCGAGGGCGUCAUAGAGUGCUUUGUGUACAGCACAACGACAUAUCCGCCCGAGUGGGUCGGCCUCCCCUACCAUGACAGUUACGACUCCUCAGGGAAACACGGCCUCUCCUAUGUCCUACGUGAAAGCCGGGAUUAAACACGGGAGGUGAUGCAGCCCGGCUGAAGACAUAGUACUAAGCACGUGUUGAUCAGUAACCUCUCCAGGAAAGCUGUAAUACCUUUUCAUUAAAAUGCAGGAUCUCUUGUAACCUUCCCAACCCGGGAACCUUGGCGCUAGAUUUGAAGCCUUGUAGACCCACAGAUGGGGUGUACUACCUGGCUAGCCAGUGUCCUCUUCACUACUGCUAACCUGCAAGUAACUGGGUUUGCAUGAGGUGUCAAAUAACUAUCUGUGCACAUCGGUUUUGUGGUCUAAUUGUAAAUUCUUAAUUCCUUCCCCUUUUGCCUCAGUGCAUUGACAAAUGUUCUUGUGUAGUUCUCCAAGGUGGGUGGAAUAACAAUGAUAUGAUUGCACUAAUAGCUGAAACUGAUUUUAAAAAGUCAUGUCUGCAAGCAAACUAAAGCACAACUCAUGUUUAAUAUUGACUUGUAAUGGUGUUUAGUAGGUUACUGAAUGUAAACCAGGAGAGAUGACAAUAUAGGUACUAUGCACUUCAAGACAAACACGAAAUGGCUGGAGAAAUAGAGAAAAUUUAAAGACUAUUCUUACUCUGUAUUGCAAAGUUCUUCUGAACUGGAAAGGGGUAUUUUUAAAACCUGUUUAGUUUUAUAAGGUACUGUGAAAAAGUACUAAGAGCGUAUAAGAAAAUUACAUUUAAAAUCAUAUUUUAAAUUUAGCAUUCUAAGCACUUUAGGUACCACUUCAGUUCAGAGUGACUGUAGGGGUUGGGGAGGUGGGGUGGAGGGGUGUUGGGGACCAGGAAAAGCAAACCUAUUUUCAGCUGCCCAUCACACUAUAGCAGAUGCAGCUGUUGCAAACAUUUAAAUAUCAAGGUGACUGUUUGACAAGCACUUUAAUGCAGAACUUACUUGCAACCAUGUGCAAACUGCAUUUCCUAUUGAGGGAAAGAUUUUCUGUGCAUGAUAUAAAACAUCCAAAGGACCUGUAUUGUGAUUAUUGCAACAUUUAAACGGGGGG